CGCUACGCGCGGACCUCGUCACGUGCAUCCGGAACAGUCUCGCGUCACUGUCGGAAUUCCGUUUAGUAAAACGCAUUACAUAUAGGUAUUACAUUAUUAUAUAUUAUUAUUAUCGUUUACUAAAAUAUUAUAAUAAUGAACGGUCGUCGUCGCGUGUCGCAAUCGUUGUUCUGCUUUUGUCACGCAUUCGCCCUGGCCGUGGCGUUGACGGUCGCCGGAAGCGCCGGCGGAGGACGGGGCGCCGUCAUCGAUGCACCACCGCAAUGUCCGGACGACGGAUGCGCCGGGAUCCGGUGUCCUGUCCGCGACCAAGACGUUUGUCCGCUGGGCCUGGUUCCGGACGCGUGCGCGUGUUGUCCUCACGGCUUGUGCGGCUUGGGCGAAACGGCCGCGUGCAACGCUGCCGACCGGCCGUGCGCCGACAACUUGGAGUGCGUCAAAACGAAAGACAUCAACGGCGGCGUGCAAUACCGGUGCGCGUGCAAGGAGACGGAUCCGGUAUGCGGGACGGACAAUAGGACGUACUCGAAUGCGUGUCAGCUGAACGAGGCGGCCUCGGAGCUCGGAAACAACGGGACGCAACUACUCUGGAUGCAAUAUAAGGGACCAUGUCAAUCGGCCCCUGACAUUAGGUCAGCGCCCAAGAACUUGGCUGGUUCCAUCGGGCAUACUGUGGUGUUUGAUUGUGAAGUCAAAGGAUAUCCUGUGCCUAGCAUUAGCUGGCGAUUUACAAACACAGACGGGAUCACCAAAUGGUUACCAGGAGACGAUUCACUAAUAGCGAUACAGACUAGAGGAGGCCCAGACCGUUUUACCGUCACCUCGUGGGUGCAAAUCAUGGAAUUUAAACCAGCCGUGCACACGGGAAAUUACACAUGUCUAGGUACUAAUUCAGUAGAUGUGACCACAGCUUCGGCAGUGUUGGAUGUCCGCAAAAUGGUUUAGAUAAGUCUUUUUACAACAAUUUGUAUACUUGUGUUUGUAUUUUUUUUUUUAUUAUUAUUAUAAUACGUUCUAAUUGUACCACCAUGUAGGUAUUUUUUUUUUUAAUUAUUUUUUUACUUUUUAUGAUAUAAUUUAAAAUUGUUGUAACUCAAAAGCUUGAAAUAUUAUACUACAAGAUUCCACA